AUCGUCUCCUCAUAGAGCCUAAUGGCUUUAAUGAUCAACCAAGGUGCCUCAUCAUCCUCUUUCACCCACCAAUACAAGAACUUUGAUGUCUUCUUGAGUUUCAGAGGUGAAGAUACUCGUCUUGGUUUCACAGGCCAUUUGUAUAAUGCUUUGUCUCUGCGGGGUAUUCACACCUUCAUUGAUGAUAAAAUCCCAAGAGGAGAACAAAUUUCUGCAGAACUUAUCAAAACCAUUGAGAGCUCAAUGAUAUCGAUAAUUGUAUUCUCUGAAAACUAUGCAUCCUCCACUUGUUGCUUGGAUGAACUUGUCAAGAUUGUUGAGUGUAGGAAGAAUGAUCAAUUGGUGCGACCGAUUUUUUACAACGUGGAUCCAUCAGAAGUUCGUAGACAAAAAGGAAAGUAUGGGGAAGCGCUAGCUAAACAUGAAAAAAGGUUUAAGGAUAAUGGGAAGGUACAUAGUUGGAGGAAAGCUCUAUAUGAAGCAGCCAAUUUAUUUGGUUGGCAUUACAAGAACAAGUAUGUUUUUAGUGAUUACUCUUCUACUAUUAUGAGUUUUAAUGGUUUUCUGAAGACCACUAGAUUCUAUUGUUAA